AAAAAACUGCAGCAGGACGACUACUUGUUUUCUUUGAAUGCAUACAAAUGUCGUCUUUGGCAUAGAAAACACUAAACACAAAGAAUGAAACUACAAUAAGGAACUUUAGCAGCAACAACAACUAAAAGAACACAUACUUAAUUAAAACGCAUUAAAAAGUGAUUCUCCUCAAAAAUAUAACCAACAACCAACCAACCAAUCAACGAAACGCAAAUAUAUGAAAAUAAAUAUAAAUAAAUAAAUACACAUGAUUCCCACAUUAGCAAACAGACGAAACUCAAUAUUCCAACGAAUGUUCACAGUGGCAACUGUCAUUCCACGCAACUGCUAAAAGAACAAAACCAACAACGAAGAGAAUUAACGAAAAAAGAAAGAAACAAACAAAAAGACACAUACUUCCUGCCUCGUAUUCAUAAAAAUGCCUAAAACGAAUCCCAGCAGCAGCAGUAGCAGCAGAUAUACGAUCGUCAACGUUAUCCUCACAUAUUUAAUUAUAUGCCGAACAUGUACAACAUGUCUACCCUCCGCCAAAGAUUCCUCUUUACUUUUAAACGAUUCCGAAGAAGAUGUCUUUAGUAAAUUCGAUGACAUUAGCGAUGAAAUGGAAGAGCUAAUGACACCCAAAGCGGAUAGCAACAAAUAUUCAAGUUGGCCCAACCGGAAGGAGUUGGAUAGCUCCUAUCAAGACAAUACGGAUGUGUUUAAUCAGGGCAAACUGCCGGUGGGCUCCACAUACCACGAUGACUCGCUGAAUAUGGGUCAUUCGAGUGAGGUGGCGGCGCAAGGUGUCAAUGCUAAUAAGACGGUGAUCAUAGGAGCAGCUGGCACUCUGGAUGAGUUUGUGACGGGUAAAUUGGGAGCCUCAGAGACCGGUGUUACACUGCCUUACUUUCUAACUGAACCAGAAAGUGUUUAUGUGGUGAAGAAUAGACCGGCCGUGUUAAAGUGCAAAGCCGCUCAUGCGUUGCAGCUGCAUUUUAAAUGUAGUGGUAGUUCACAGCCCCCACCCUCAACACACGACAAGCACGUGGAUCCUCACACAGGGGUGCAUUUGGAGGAAGUAACGGCCACCAUACAUCGUGAUCUAGUGGAUGAAUAUUUUGGCAAGGGUCCCUUUAAAUGUGAAUGUCAUGCCUGGUCUUCAAGGGGUGUUGUUAAAAGUCAAGCGGCCACAGUUAAUAUUGCAUAUAUGCGCAAACAAUUUGUUACUUCUCCCACCUCACUGAGAGUCGAGCUUGGCACUCGUGCUGAAUUGUAUUGUGAGCCACCCACUGGUUUUCCCGAACCCGGUGUUAGCUGGCAAAAAAACAAUGUGCCCAUAGCGGAAAGCAAUGAGCAUGGUCCUACCGUGUCGCCAACGGGAACUUUGACAUUCCGUCAAGUUACUUUGCAGGACAUGGCCAAUUAUACUUGUGUAGCUGAAAAUAUUGCGGGUAAACGUAAUUCGGACUCGGCGGUACUUAUAGUUUAUGUUAAUGGCGGUUGGAGUUCCUGGUCUUCAUGGCGUGAUUGCAAAUGUCCGGGUAAAAUGGCUCAGGGUCGUAAGCGUACACGCAUGUGCAAUAAUCCUAUACCCAUGAAUGGUGGCGCCGAAUGUUCGGGUCCACAAAUACAAAAGUCGGCCGAUUGUAUACCCUGCCCGGAUGAAACUCAAAUCGUCAAUACGGAAGGUUUCGAUGUGCCAGCAGUGAAAAGAUCGGGACGUUGGUCGGUCUGGAGUGAAUGGAGUUCAUGUUCUGCUGAAUGCAUACAAAUAAGACGCCGGAAAUGUAUCACAACAAGUUCCUCGGUACUGGUGGAUGAUGAAGAUGCAGGUUUGGGCAUUAGCGUUGGCGGUUUAUCAAGUAACGGUAUUGUUGGCAGCCUAGGUAGUGGCAACAUUGGCAGCACCGGUCUCAUUCCUGGCGGCAUCAAAGCUCAGUGUAGUGGAAAAGAUAUACAGACAGCAGAAUGUCGAGGGGAAUAUUGUCAAAUAGGCAAAGAUGAUUUCGAUUGGACUCUGUAUUUGGGUUUGGCCUUUGUGACGGCGGUGUUUUUUGCAUUCGGAGCUGCAUUGAUUUGCUGUGCACGCAAAGGCAUCAGGGUUAAUCAACACUACAAUAUGACCAGAACGGUAAUGGAUCCUAAAUAUCUACCCGAUAUUAGUAAAAAGGAUAUGCGCAUGCAUAUUGAGACCGCCAAUGAUAAUUAUGAUUAUGCCAGUCCGGGUCAUAGAUUUUUACCACCCAGUCAUCAUGGCGGUUGCUCGAUAUCGGAACAUCAUUAUGAUGUGCCCAAUUUAUCGGCCAAUUAUGUGAAUCCUAUUGAUGAUUUAAGUGUGGACUAUUUAACGGACACUCCAGAUACCUCUACUGCUGAUACCUCCAAUUCCACCUACGAUGUCACCGCUAAAAUUGGUGGUCUAUCGGCCUCAAAAUGUUCCACUUACGAUCAACUCAACUGUAGCGGUGGUUCCCUAAAUCUUUAUAACGGCGAAAUAAUGCUCUACAUACCCGAGCAUUCUAUAGGCAAAAGCAUGCGUAAACAUGUCUCUCUAAUGCUGGUCAGUGAUGAAACCUCGCGGGUCACCAUACCCAAUUCCGAAUCAUUACUCGUCUGCAGCACAAUUGUACACUGUGCGCCACGCAAUUAUACAUUCCUGAAACCGGUGAUAUUGAAAAUACCCCACUGUUUGGUGGACACGCAUUUGUGGAAUGUUUUCAUUUACUAUGCCGACAAUGAACACGAUGACUUGAAUGUCAAUUGGCGUAAAAUCAUAGCCAUUGGAGAGGAGACCAUUAAUACUCCGGUAUUUGUGCAAUUAGAACCACAGCAUGUGUUCAUAAUGACUGAACAAUUGGGAAGAUUUGUGGUGGUGGCCGAGCCCAAAAUACCCUCAGCCUGUAUGCAGAAUUCCUUGAAAAUGCGUCUCAUAGCAUUUAGUCAAUUCACACCCACCAGCACCAAUUGCAGCUUAAGAAUCUAUAUAGUCAAAGAUUUUCCCAAUAGUCGUGAUAUUUGCACCAGCAUCGAAUCGAAACUGGGUGGUUCCUUUAUGGGUGAAAGCGAGGCAUUCGCUUUCUAUUUGAACAAUAGUAAUAUGAAUAUACGUUUGCGUAACUCCGAGGAGGACAUGUGGGAUACGGAAAACGAAAUCGAACUGCACGAACAGAUCAUACCCUACAAUCAUAUAUUAUCGAAUAAUUCUGUGCUGCACUGUGAAUUCAUUAUUAAACGCAACGAACAAUUGUAUUCGGCCAAUAAUUUAACUGUAGAUUUUGCUCAAUGUAGUGAUAGUCAUCAUUUAUACUCAGAAGUGCAUUCCUUUAGCAUAAGUCGACAAUUGCAACAGCAGCAACACACCCACCCCACCAAUCAUUCAGCCCACUCAUCGCUGGAACGUCAAAGUACCGUUACCAUCGAUCCGCAUGGGAACUAUGUGAACGAGGCCACUUUACCCCUGAAUACCAUACAUUUGCCGCGUGAUACCAAACGGAGAAUAUGUGCGGCGCUGGAUCCGCCACGCGAGGAUGAACGCGACUGGCGUUUGUUGGCCAAGAAACUGAAUACAGAUCGCUAUAUUGCUUAUUUUGCUACCAAACCCUCGCCCACGGAACAGAUACUCAAUCUAUGGGAAUGUCGAGCCAGCCAGCGCACACAUGCCUCUCAGACCAUAGUGGAGCUGCUGAUGAUUUUGAAAGAUAUGGAAAGGCAAGAUGUGAUGGAUAUUAUAACCGAAACUAUAGGCUCAUUGUGGAUUUAGGGAGCAAAGUUUGCACGAAACUCUUUUUUUUAGACUUAAGAUAUGUUGAGAAAUGAAAAAACUGUUUACUAAGAUGCCUUUUCUUGAAGAGAACAAAAUUUUUUUUAUUGUAUGUAUAAUUAAUUGUAUGUAAAACUAUUUAAAUGUAAUGUAAAAUUUAGAUUCUUAAAUUGAUAUUUGUAUUAUUAGGUUUAAAACAAGAGAGAAGGUUUUCAAAAGAAAAAAAGGAUAAGGGGGAAGCGGAAAGGGCAAGGGUUUCAAAUACUUUUCAUCUUUUAAAAAUAAGAAAUCUGAAAUUUGUAUAUUUUUACUGAUCUCUGAAAUAAGUAGAAACAUUUCCAAACUACAGAUUGAAAAACAUACAUUGUUUAACCUUGUGUGUUGUUUUCCACACAUUUGGUGUGUCUAUAAAUUUGGAACAAGCUUCUUUGUAGUAAAAAUCAUGAUUUACUUAUCUUUAUAUUUGUUAUCAAAUUAGUUUAUCUUCAUCCGAUUUUACACAAACAUUUCGGUUAUGAGUUCGUUUACAUAAUACACCUUAUAUAGACAGAAACAGUGCAUUUGACAACAAAAAAUGUUGUUCCUAGUAUAAUUUACACAAGAGGGUAAGCAACGUAAAUUUGAUAAAAUAAUUCGUUUUCUGUGCUAAAUUCAUGCGGCUAUAAAAGUUAAGAAAUUUCAUGAACAUCGCUUAAUAAUUUUUUUUAUAAAAAUGUGUGUGGUUUUCAACACAAGGGUGAGAUUAGGGUUAAAUGGUUAGUAAGUCUAACUAAUCGCAUAGGUUUUAUUUAUAAUGUUGAAAAUCUAAAGAUAAGUUCUUUACAUUUGCAUUUAUUGUUGAAAUUUUCUUAAAAUUCUUAGAAAUCCUCCCCUUUCUACUUUAUCCAACCUUAACAAAAUUAAACUUUUAUUUUAACACAAAAUUAACUGAAAUAAUGUUAAAUGUUCAGACAAAUUAUAAAAGAAAAACAAUGUUUUUUUGAAAAGGUCAACGAAUAGUCAAGUAAUGUGAACAAAGUAAAAUACAAAAUAAAAAUAAAAAAAAUAAUGUUAAUGUCUCCUGUGCCAUUUACGACGAAAUUAAACAAAAAUGUUCUCUUUUUUAUAUAUAAAAAUAAUAAAAAAAAAAAAAAAAUCUCUAUAUAUUAUAAAAUGUAUAUAAUAAACUAAUAAUGUAUAACUAAAUAUUUAAUAACAAAAACAAAAUAA